AUGCAGUGGAGGCCGACGGCGGCCUGUAGCGCAGACACAGAAGACGCCAAGAAGCCGCUCAGUGAUGUAAGCAGCGACAAUGGCAGCCAGAGCAACCCUCUAAAACAUGUCUUCAAUAGGAACAAGAUUACAAAAACCUCCAAUAACCGGGUCAUUGAGUUCGGUGUCUGUUUGGCGCGCCACUGUGCUCUGCGACCAAUCAGCCGGCUCCUUCCUCUCCUAGCCGUGGACGGGGGUCACAAGGAGGUCGCCCAGCUGUUGGUCAGCAGGGGGGCCGAGGUCAACGGCACGCACACGGCCUGUCGAUGGACCUGCCUCCACCACGCCGUCUACAAGGGCUACAGGGAGAUUGUGGGUGUUCUCAUCGGCGUGGCUCGCCUGGAGGCGGUGGACGACCACAGCAUCACGCCCCUCUUCGUGGCAGCGCAGUACGGCCGCCGCAGAUGCCUGGAGGCGCUCGUCGGAGCAGGGCUUGGGACACCGGACUGGGAGCCGACUGAACGCGAGUCCACUGACUGUUCUCCGGGUUCCUGUAGGGGCAACGUCAACGCGCAGGCGGCAGACCUGGCCACGCCGCUGAUGCUGGUCCAGGAGGGCCACGAGGGCUGCGUGGAGGUCCUGGUGCAGCACGGGGCGGACCCCAACCUGGCCUGCAGCAGCGACUGGCCCCAGCUGCCCAUCCACGCCGCCGCCGAGUUCGGCCACCGCCGGAUCCUGGAGAGGCUGAUCGCCAUCACGGACCGCGCCUGCGACCGCGGGGAGGGCCGGGUCAGCCCGCUCUACAUGGCCGUGAGGAAGCCCAGUCCGAGCGUCGGGCUGCUGCUGAGGGAGGGGUACAGCCCAGACGCCCAGGACUGCACCCCCAUCCUGGGCCUCCGCUCCCCACUGGCCUUCGCCUUAUCGCUCACCCCCGACAGGCGCUGCAGUGAGUCGGUGAGGCUGCUGGUGGCCGCCGGCGCCCGUCUGGACGAGGACCCCUGGAUGCACGCCCUGGCCCUGGGGAACACGGAGCUGCUGAGGCUCAUACUGAGCCAUAGGGGGCUGCCGGUCCCGGGGGCCCCAGAGGGGAGGACCGGGGUCCCCGGUGCGGUGUUAAGCCUACAGGAGCUCAGAGGGCUGGUGUGUGUGGCCCUCAGCGCGGUGCGAAGCGCCCCCUGCUGGCUGCCCCUGCUACUGCGGGCCGGACUGGACCCUUCUCUCCUGCUGCAGCCCAACAUGCUCCAGGAAGCAGACGGUGAUGUGUUGAACUACCUUCUGGCGUUUGUGAACUGGUCCACUCUGAGUCCGCCCCUGAGGCGCGUUCUGGACCUCAGGCUGGAGGAGCGGUCCUGGACGCCUCACGCGCGUUACGGUACGGGGACGCACAGCGGGUUGAAGCACUCCUCCUCCUGCUCCUGCUCCAUUGUGGAUCGUCAAUAACUUCCUCUCCCUCCCCCCGUCUCCCCCCCACCCCU